GCAUUAAAACAUGCCGGUAAUAUUCCGAUUAACCAAGUCGACUAUUUCGAAAUCAAUGAAGCAUUCUCUGUGGUAGCAUUGGCAAAUAUGAAAUUGCUUGACUUACCCAAAGAAAAGGUUAACGUAUUUGGAGGUGCUGUUGCAAUGGGACAUCCAUUAGGAUGCAGCGGUGCAAGAAUUAUUUGCACUUUAAUUAGUGUGUUAAAACAUAAAG